CCGCGGGCUCUCCGGCCAUGGCCCCCCAACGUCAAGCCAGCCCAGGGCUGGUUGUCGCCUGCUGCUGGCUUCUCACCGUUGUUCUAGAUUUCUGCAUGUCAUUCAAUGUUGAUGUGAAAAAUGCGGUGACUUUCAGUGGCCCAGUGGAAGACAUGUUUGGAUAUACUGUUCAACAAUAUGAAAAUGAAGAAGGAAAAUGGGUGCUUGUUGGUUCUCCUUUAGUUGGUCAACCCAAAAACAGAACUGGAGAUGUCUAUAAGUGUCCAGUUAAGAAAAAUGAAUCAACCAAUUGCAUAAAGUUGGAUCUACCAGUUGAUACAUCAAUUCCCAAUGUCACGGAAGUAAAGGAGAACAUGACGUUUGGGUCAACUUUAGUCACCAACCCCAAUGGAGGAUUUCUGGCAUGUGGGCCCUUGUAUGCCUAUAGAUGUGGACAUUUGCAUUACACAACUGGAAUCUGUUCUAAUGUCAGCUCCACAUUUCAAGUCGUGAACUCCAUUGCUCCUGUACGAGAAUGCAGCACGCAACUGGACAUAGUCAUAGUGCUGGAUGGCUCCAACAGUAUUUAUCCCUGGGAGAGUGUGAUAGCUUUUUUAAAUGACCUUCUUAAAAGAAUGGAUAUUGGUCCUAAACAGACACAGGUUGGAAUUGUACAGUAUGGAGAAAAUGUAACCCAUGAAUUCAACCUCAAUAAGUACUCAUCAACGGAUGAGGUACUUGAUGCAGCAAAAAAAAUACUCCAGAGAGGUGGCGUCCAGACUAAGACAGCCCUUGGGAUAGACACAGCCAGGAAGGAGGCUUUCACUGAAGCCCGGGGUGCCAGAAGGGGAGUUAAAAAAGUUAUGGUAAUUGUGACCGACGGGGAGUCCCAUGACAACCAUCGACUGAAUAAGGUCAUCCAAGACUGUGAGGAUGAAAACAUUCAGCGGUUCUCCAUAGCUAUUCUUGGGAGCUAUAACAGAGAAAAUGUAAGCACCGGAAAAUUUGUGGAAGAAAUAAAAUCAAUUGCAAGUGAACCCACUGAAAAGCAUUUCUUCAACGUCUCUGACGAGUUGGCUCUAGUCACUAUUGUUGAAGCUCUGGGAGAAAGAAUAUUCGCCCUGGAAGCCACAGCUGACCAGUCAGCAGCUUCAUUUGAAAUGGAAAUGUCUCAGACUGGCUUCAGCGCUCAUUAUUCACAGGACUGGGUCAUGCUUGGAGCAGUCGGAGCCUAUGAUUGGAAUGGAACAGUCGUCAUGCUGAAUGCUAAUCAAACCAUAAUCCCUCAAAACACAACCUUUGACGUGGAGUCUACCAAAAAGAAUGAACCUCUUGCUUCUUAUUUAGGUUACACAGUGAACUCCGCCACUGUUGCUGGAGAUGUGCUCUACAUUGCCGGACAGCCACGGUACAAUCAUACGGGACAGGUUGUCAUCUACAGGAUGGAAGAUGGAGACAUCCAGAUUCUCCAGACACUCAGUGGAGAGCAGAUUGGUUCCUACUUUGGCAGUGUUUUGACCACAAUUGAUGUUGAUAAAGAUUCUAAUACUGACCUUCUUCUGGUUGGGGCUCCCAUGUACAUGGGAACGGAGAAAGAGGAACAAGGAAAAGUGUAUGUGUAUGCUCUGAACCAGACAAGGUUUGAAUAUCAAAUGAGCCUGGAACCCAUUAAGCAGACUUGUUGUUCAUCUCUGAAGCACAAUUCAUGCACAAAAGAAAACAAAAAUGAGCCAUGUGGGGCUCGUUUUGGAACAGCUAUUGCCGCUGUGAGAGACCUCAACCUUGAUGGAUUUGACGACAUUGUGAUAGGAGCGCCCCUGGAGAAUGAUCACGGGGGCGCCGCGUACAUUUAUCACGGGAGCGGCAAGAGUAUACGGAAAGAGUACGCACAACAUAUUCCGUCACGUGGAGAUGGCAAGAAACUGAAAUUUUUUGGCCAGUCUAUCCAUGGAGAAAUGGAUUUAAAUGGGGAUGGUCUGACUGAUGUAACUAUUGGGGGCCUUGGUGGUGCUGCCCUCUUCUGGUCCCGAGACGUGGCUGUGGUUAAGGUGACCAUGAAUUUUGAACCCAACAAAGUGAACAUCCAAAAGAAAAACUGCCAUAUGGAAGGAAAGGAAACAGUAUGCAUAAAUGCUACAGUGUGUUUUGAUGUGAAAUUGAAGUCCAAAGAAGACACAGUUUACACAGCUGAUUUGCAGUACCGUGUCACACUAGAUUCACUACGACAGAUAUCACGAAGUUUUUUCUCUGGAAUUCAAGAAAGGAAGAUUCAAAGAAACAUCAUAGUUCGACAAUCAGAAUGCACUAGGCUUUCCUUCUACAUGUUGGACAAGCAUGACUUUCGGGACUCUGUGAGGAUAACUUUGGAUUUCAAUCUUACCAGUCCAGAAAACGGGCCUGUUCUUGAUGAUUCCCUACCAAAUUCAGUACAUGAAUAUAUUCCCUUUGCCAAAGAUUGUGGAAACAAGGAAAAAUGUAUCUCGGACGUCGCCCUGCAAGUAUCCACCACAGCAAAGGGCCUACUUAUCGUCAGGUCCCACAACGAUAAGUUCAACGUUAGUCUCACCGUCAAAAACAAAAAGGACAGUGCCUAUAACACCAGAACCACAGUGCAUUAUUCUCCAAACCUAAUUUUUUCAGGAAUUGAGGCUAUCCAAAAAGACAGUUGUGAAUCCAAUCAUAAUCUCACAUGUAAAGUUGGCUAUCCCUUCCUGAGAAGAGGAGAAGAGGUUACUUUCAAAAUAUUAUUUCAGUUUAACACAUCUUAUCUCAUGGAAAAUGUGACCAUUCAUUUAAGUGCAACAAGUGACAGUGAAGAACCUCCUGAUGCCCUUGCUGAUAAUGAAGUUAACAUUUCUAUCCCAGUAAAAUAUGAAGUUGGACUUCAAUUUUACAGCUCUGCAAGUGAAUACCAUAUUUCAAUUGCGGCCAAUGAGACAGUCCCUGAAAUUAUGAAUUCUACUGAGGACAUUGGAAAUGAAAUUAAUAUCUUCUACUUGAUUAGAAAAAGUGGACAUUUUCCGAUGCCAGCACUUAUGCUGUCAAUUUCAUUUCCCAACUUGACAUCGGAUGGUUAUCCUGUGCUAUACCCAAGUGGAUGGUCAUCUUCUAAUAAUGCAAACUGCAGACCCAGUAGCCUUCAGGAUCCGCUUGGUAUCAACUCUGGGAAGAAAAUGAUUAUAACAAAAUCUGAAGAUCUCAAACGAGGCACAAUUCAGGACUGCAGCACGUGUAAAUUUGCGACAAUCACGUGUAACUUGAUUCCCUCUGACAUGAGCCAAGUGAAUGUUUCCCUUAUCUUAUGGAAACCAACUUUUAUAAAAGCACGUUUUUCCAGCUUAAAUCUUACUGUAAGGGCAGAACUUCAGAGUGAAAAUAAAUUGCUGAUUUUAAGUACUGGCAAUCAAAAAAGAGAGAUUGGAUUCUUCAAAAGACCGCUAAAGAAGAAAAUGGAGAAAUGACGUAUUUACCGGAGAAAAAUAAUAACAAUUAGUCGAUGAUCUAUCCUCAGGUUUGCCCCAAAUAUGUGACAAGAAAUGUUUUAAUACAAUCAAAGACAUAGUCACAUAACUUUAUGUAAUCCAUCAGGGAGAAAUCACUUGGAAAGUGACAGGUCAAAGAAGAUCCAAAAACAAUACCAUAAAGAUAUAUUUUAUAAAAUGAUGAAAAAUAUUUUUAAAUAAUUACUCAUGUGUAUUAUUUAAGCAAAAUUACAAACUAUUUUGAAGAUGAAGAAUAACCUGUACAAAUAUGUUUAUAUAUUAAAUCAGCAUUCAAGGUAUUUAAGGAAUGCAUAAAAAGAUUUUUAUGACCGUUGAUAAAUUAAGCUUUUUCCAUUGAUUCCUAAUGGAUAUCUAUAUGCAACAUGAUAGUCAACAUUUAUAAAUGACAAGAAAAGAGUUAACUGAAAAAGAUAACUUCCCCGUAUUCAAAUGAGAAAUUUUUCCUGAGUAAAGUAUAUAUAAAAUAUGGACUGAAAAUAUAGUUAACUCACAGAGAAUACAUUCAGCAUCUUUGUGUUGGGUUCUGUACUUGGAAAGUUUUCUUUCCAAAGUGUUUGGAAAUUUUGAGCUGAAGGAAAACCAAGAGAGACUUGAUUAAAGGCAGAGCACUGAAUGGAUUAAUUUAAGCUUUCACAGAACAUGCUUCAUCUUGAUAUUGAGCCCUAAAACUCAAAACUUUAUGCUGAAAACAACACUUCACAGCAGUUUUGUGUGACAUACCAGCGACUCGUCAUGAAAAGCCAUGUCAUGUGUGGGCUAUGCUAAGAUGGCUUCUGAAGGGAACACGGCCGCUUAGGCAGAUGCCACAGAAAUGCUGAUGUCAUCUUUGCUGGGCAACUUUUGAACGUUAGGGUUCCCAGGAUGUAACCAAAAAUAGGAGUUUUCUCAACUCCUUGGUACAUGGUUCGUUUAAACCCUCAAGCUGUGAGAGUAUGUUUAUUUUUCAUUUUUUUAAGGUAUUUAAUUUUCCAAACACAUUUCUUAUUUUUAUGAAAGACAGUAUUCCAUUUCAGUAUUGCAUCUUACCAAGAAGACACUGCUUUUUUUAGUGUGGCAUAUCAAUAUUUAAAUAGAACUCCAGAAAUGAAUUUUAAAGAACUUUAGCUUUGAAACCUCGCACCAACAGAAAGAGAUCACAUCUCUACCUGAGCUUCUUUGCUCCUGAAGUAAUCAUCGUGGUGCCUUGGAUUCUACUGUAGCAUAAGCUCCUAGGUUGCUCCGUUGCUUAGGAAAAUAACAAUGAAUGAAUGUAUCGUAGUCACGUGUAUGAACUACUGCUGUAAAAUUAGCUGUUUCUUCGGCAACAACUCCAUCUCUCCACCUGGCUGACCAUCACAAGACCACAUCUGUCCAGCACCUUAUCCAGAAAGUCCUGGACUCUACUUUUCUCAAAAAGCAUCAAAUCAAGGGAGAAAUUAAAUACCAUAGACUUAAUUUUUGAAACUAAUUUCCAAGGAAUUAUCUGAGAACUCAGAGUCGGCCUACCUCGUGGUGCUCCACAUCUAUAUCUAAGAUCCUGAUCAUCAAAGCCAAGCACCCUGGGGAGUGCCAAGGUCCUUGGUACCAGAAGAAAGUCUCAAUACUUCCAGAGGUUUGAUAUCUUCGUGUUGGCCUGUCAUUGUUGAGAAAAGUCCACUUGGAAUUUCCUUCAUUCCCACCACCUAUGUCCAGGGCCCAAAAUUAUUCUUUCUACCUAUUCUUUCUUUACCCAAUAAAACUCAGGUCUUUUUUAUUCAGAGUCACCAUGCUGCACAACUCCUGUGCACAGCCUGUUCAGAAGCUCUGCCCCAAUCUCAGCACAUUCUUAGAAAUAAAUCCAACAGGUAAACUUAAAUUCACCCUUGGCCUCUAUGACUGCUAGGCAAAGAAUUCACCGAACCAGGAGUGUGCACAUUUUAACUAAAUAUGGUGUUAACCCAGAGAGAAAAGAUGGAAACAAUGUCAUUUUGAACGUUUUAGAAAAGAUAGAAAGAACCACUGGGCAAGAUCAAAUAGCUACUUAUAAUCCUGGCACAGUUUUUAACAUCAAUCAUUCCCAGCUUUUAAAUAGAAUUUAAUGAACCAGAUAUCCAUCCUUAAUACUAUAACUUGUUGAGCUUUAUGUGUGUAUGUGUAUGAGCAUCUAUAUGUGUGUGUUUAAAUACACAUCUGCACACACUGACAUAAAUGUGCAAACACAAAUCAAAUACAAAAUAUCUCAAUAAUACCAAAUGAUAGGGUUUGACAAAAAGGACAAAAAAUAAACACAAAAGUUACACCAGCAAGGAAAGUUUGAUUCAUCCAUUUUGCAUAUAGUUUUAAUUUUCAUUAAUAUUGAACAUUAAUGUACAGUUCUGCAACCAUCUAAAAGAUAUAAAUAUGGAGAUUGAUUAAAAUAAUAAGUGAGCAGUACACAUGUUCUAAAACAUAGUCAAUGAUUAAGAAAUAUAUUAACCCCAUCAUUUUAUUUUAAAGCACUUAAGAAGAAAAGUGUGUGCUUUUUAAAACUAUAAGUUUUUAUGCCAAAAACUUCUUUUUAACUUUGGUAUUUUACAAAAUUGAUGAUUUCUUCCAUUGUGAACUGAAAUAUAUCUGAAGUCCCUUUCCAGAUCAAGAAGAUAUAUUGGUAAAUUAUUCAACAACUGGCUCUCCAGGAGGAAAAACAAGUCCCUGAUUUGUGCCAUUUGCCGAUUUCCAUGUGGUCUUGCCAUGGCCAUUGUCAAGGUACCAAUAUAUCCCUGACCAGCUUACAAAACCCCUGAAAAUUGAUCUGUCAGGUCCCUUGAAUCAGUAUGAACUGGAUUCAGCACACCAUUGAAAUAGAUUAGAUUACAAUAAUAGGCAAUAGAUAGAUGAUAAAUAGAUAUAGAGAUACAGAGAUAUAACAUUUUGAACAUACAUAUAUAUGUAUAUAUACAUACACAAAUACACACAACAUCAUUAUCCUUAAAAUGCUCACCUCAAGCCCAGCAGGCAUAAUGCUACAUGGUUUCCCUUUCUUUAGCUUCAGUUUCUAAAAUUAUAGGCUUCCUUUAAUAUUAUUAAAAUUUAUAAACUUUUAGAAGAGGCAAGAGUUGAAAGCAAGAAAAUCUAAUGGGUGACACAGUGAAAAUCAGAACUUCAAGGCCAUUAAGAAGCUGCUUCACUUUCUCUAGGAAUCCGUUGCCCUGGAACAAUAUUGUGAAAGUUCAUCCUUUGCAAAUAUUUGUAAUUUCUAUGAUCCAAUUUGAAAUUCAGUGGUCCAGUUUAUUCACUUAUUUUCUCCUAGCUGUAAUGUCAUGGGCAGUUUAAGCUGAAUAUUUCCAUGUCAUAAAUACACUGGAAAUGAGGCUUGUGGGUGGAGAAAUUUUUGCAAAAUUUGAUGCUUACUCAACCAUAAUAAAUGUACCUAUAUAUGCAAAUACCUAUAAAUAUAUACAGAUAUCUUCUCUUUUCCUUUUACAAAACCAAUAUGUAGACUCAACUGAAAAACAUAUCUGCACAAAAAGCAAAAAGUGGCUGCACAGUGCUUGAGGAGAGCUGGGUCAUGGUGGCUGUGAAGAACCAUGCACACAUCCUUCUGAUCAUUCCCUGGAAGGCCGCAGUUUGUACCGUUGAAUGGCUGCCCUGAUAGCUUCCAUACAGUGUGCUUUCAUAGAGGGGAAAGUCUUCAUCAAACGUGCUGCAAUGUUCCAUAUGAACUAACUGUCUUGCUGUGUACAACACUGAGAAAACUAGGGAAGACCCAGGCUCACAGCAUGGUUCAUGUGCUAGGUGCAGUCACAUUAUUGUACAAAUAGAGACUUCUGGAAAUUAUUUUAAAAAAAUAAUAUCUUAUGCAUCCUUCAUUUAUUUCUAGCACUUUUCAAGUUCUCCUCAUUAGUCAUCUGCCCCGGCCCCAACCAGAGGAGAUUUUCUAGAAGACUAUUGGAGACAAAUCUCUUCAAAAACAUGUGCUCUCUGUUCGCUUGAAUGCCAGCUUCAGUGAACUGAUCAUUUAUAUAGAAUUUCAGUCCUUGGCUCUUAUGUGACACUGUCAAGGGAUGACAUGACGCAGGUAAAAUGUAAUAGAGACAAAAUGCCUUGUACUUCAGAGAGGGGACAUCUUUACAGAUUUACAAGCCUUUACGGGACACCAUCGACAACCAUGUCAAGGGUUGAGGGAAGGGCUGCUCAGAGGUGGCCAUCAGCACCCCCCAUCCCCAUCCUCACUCCUGGACAUAAUAAUCCAAAAAUUAAAAGAAGACUCUAAAAUCUUCAGACUGAUGCUAUUUUUAACUUAACUCUAAACAGCAGAAUUUUAAAUGUAAACACAGCUUUAAGGUGAGUCCACUGGGCAACCCCUUUUAAUGUCUAGCUGUCCCUAAACCUCUCCUGGAUAGAACACCUGAAACUAUCCCUAGAGGUUACAAAAGGCUAAAUUCUGCUGUCUCCCAAAUGGAAGCACUGUUGUGCAACAUAUUAUGUAAAAUAAUAAAAAUAGAGGGAACAUUCAACAUUAUAAGCUGUGAACAAGUCAGUAUCUUCUGAUCCUCAUAUUAAAUUUUAACCUUGAAUUUACAAAUUCCAAAUAACAGCCUUUAACCAUUAAACCUUGAGAAACUCUAAAGGACCCCAUGUUGGUUCUUAACCCUCAGGCCCAUUGUCCUCAACCAUAUCUGGCACCAGGAGGUCCAGUUUUCCACUGAUGGGAACAGAUGCUUCUGCCUCUGUAAAAGGCUAAAAGGCCCGAGUUUAACCCCUGAAUCCACGACACCCUGGCUCAGCCGGGCUCUACCCCAAACCAGAUAUACACAGAAGCACUUCUUGCUGAAAAUUUACCAUACUGAAAAAUACACAAAGAUGAGUUACCACUUCAAAUGUACUCUGCUUUGAGGUCAGCUUUUCUCUCUCACUCCUUUUUUUUUUUUUUUUUUUUUUUGCCUUUUUAAAUAUAUCAAAACCAACGAGUUCAGAACUUGACCUAAGACUUCCUUGCACUUCCCUCCUGCUGUGAGAACUGGGCGUUGAAAUGGGCCAGAGCCCAUUUGCAGGCUCUCUCUGCCUUCUCUUCUCAAGUGCACAGUGGGGAUGCUUUGUUUUGAUUUGGAACUUCCUUGGCAAGGCCAAUAUAAGUCUUGUGCCCCUUGCAGGUCCUUGAGUAGUUGCAUGUUCUUUCUGGUGAGUUGAGACUCCGAAAUCCUUUAAUUACCUGACACACCACAGAAAUCAAGGCAGAAAACCAGGGACCAGUGACACUCCUGACUAUGAUGAUAUUUGAUUUUACCAUAUUUCAAGUCACAUCUUUAUGGAAAAAAAAUACUAAGUGGAAUUUUAGAAGCUCUUCUGCAAAAGACUGAGACUCAAUGCUUGAUCUGUGCAUAUAGAAUGGGGACAAAAUUUUAAAAAGAAAUCUUCUAAUAACAAUGACAGAAAGCCAGAGGUCCUCUUGAACAAUUCCCUGCUGACAUUACCUGUUCCCACCCCCAUUUUUUAAGAGAGACAUUGAAUGCGGAAAACUGAGUGACAUAAUUGUUUCUCCACAGAGUAGCCAAGCAAAAGGGAAGCCCGCGCAGAGACUAAGAAUGGCUUUCUGAGAGAGAGCUGCAGGGUAGGUCCGGUGCCAGGCGGCAGCCUUCCUGUGGUGCCUCAGAGGCAUCUUGCAUCUUGAGAGACAGAAAAAAAAAAUGGGGGAGGGGAGAGGAAAUGAAGUUCUUUAUCUUUUAUAUAUACAUCCUUCCUCCUCAACAUACCACAAGCUCCCUUCGAUCACACUGUACCCACAUACAAUACUAACAUGAGUACUUUGCACAAGUGAGUCUUUGAUUAAAUAAGAGAGUAUUCUUGUUUGUCGGUUAGCUGGGGCUAAUUUCCUGGAGUUUGAUACACCUUGUCUCAAGUUAAGAACAAUCAUUUGAAGUAGAAACACAUCAGAUCUUCUUCAUACUGGAAUCCUUUCACGCGGGACAUCCUGAUCCUGCAGUUAAUUCUGACACCUGCUGGCCUUAUUUCAGGCGCAACAGCCUCUCAGCAUUCUUCAGUAGGAGGCAUUGGCCUGUGAAGGGAAGGGCGUACUGUAUGUUACUACUGUGAGGCUUUACAGUUGUUAACAGACAGUGUGAAGAAGUGUAUCCAUUUGAUUAAAAAGAAAAAUAUUGUGUAUAAUUACUGCCCUGAAAUAUGUAUCGUAUCACUCCAAUAAAGUCUUUGGCAUCCUCUAACAUAA